AUGAAUCCAUUGGACCAUCCAAACUCGUCGAGUAGGCGUAUUUUCGGCCAGAAUUGGACACCUAUUCCAGAAUCAGUAAUCACUGAACACGACGAAAUGCCACUUGAACAUCAGGAAAUUGACAACUCAUGUCCUCCUCGCAGUGAACCACAGUCGACCCACAAGAAAAGAAUCAACGCAACUGUCGCUAGUCAACAAGACUCGAGCCAGACAGAUUCUCAGAAUCUCAUGAUCCACGACGUUGAUAUGACAGACACAUUGCGCAGCUCAGUAUUAACAUCGAGUCAUCGCUCCUUUAUACCAAAGCAGAGACACUCAUUGGCUCUCGAGAAACAUCCCACCACUCAACAGACAGAGUCAUCUGCCAUCCCAACGGCACUACAGCCCAGUACAUUGGCCAAUAUAGGAACCUCUAGCGAGUUUGAUUUAUCUUCCGUUGGAACCACUGCAAAAGAGAAAGCUAGAUAUGAAGCUAUUGGAACCCUGGAGAAGCCUUUUCCGAAGUUCAAUAAGCAUCGCCAGGGCAGAGCGGUCGAUAUGCGUCAUUUUAGCAGGCAAGGUUGGACAGCCACAAGCCCUUAUGGAGCAGGUUUCACAACGCCAAGGAGCAUGGGAAUACCUGAGAUACACGAGAACGAGUCAAGGGACCCAGAGGCAGAGCAUCAGGCCUCAAAUGAACUACCAGGUUUCGUCCGCAACUCCAGCGCUAAGAGCCAGAAGAAGAUAUCCUUCAGGAUACCGAGCGAUAGAUUCUCAGCCUCUACAGGGCGUGAGAGCCUCAGCAUCGACGAGCAGAGCGGACCAAUAGGCAGGGGACCAGGUGUAAUUUCAACUAACGAGCACGAAGCUACUGUCAAGUCCAGCGCGAAAGGCAGCAAAAGGGUGACGUUUAACGUCCCCAACCCAGAUUCGCCGACCAGCAGUAACGCCGAAAGCCCCGCUCCACCAUCCCCAAGCCCCACCGCCGCCGCAACAGAGCCUAUCACGCCGGCAAGUCCGGUCGAACCAGUUUCGAGCUACGGCUCCUCCAGCCCCGCGGCCGCCAGCCCCCCAGGGAGUCCUGCCUUCUUUGCCGCCGCCCCCAUCACGAGCACUGGCAUCCCAUCCUCUUCCGCUGCGCCCACGCGCCCAACGAGCCCUUUCUCCCCCUUUUCACCCGCCAUCUCCGCCCCCAGCUCCCCCCUCGCAGCGACAGCUCCCGCCAGCGCCCCGCCCACCUACCCCGACCCGACGACCCUGCCCCCCGGCGCCAUCGAAGUCCCUUCAAAGGGCAUUAUUGACCUCAUCACUCUCCGCGCGAGCACCAUCUCCGCCAUGCCGAUGGCUUGGGACAAGCCCGUACCUACUAGCGUCUGUUUGGCGGCGGGGCGGGAGUUGCUACGAGAGACGCGGUGGAGGCUGAUGCAGGUGGAAGGGGAGGAAGAGGUGGCGCGACGAGCGUACCAUAGGGUUCGCGAGAGGAAGAGAGGGGGGGUGAGGGUGAUGAAGGCGGCCUGGUUUGAGAAGCGAGAUGGGGUUACCGUGGUUGAGAGGAGUGUGUUGGAGAUUGAGGAGACGGUCCGGUUUUGGGAGGCUCUUUAUAAGCAUGGCAAGGUUGUUGUGGGUGACACCACGUAUACGGCGACGUAUACGAAGGAGCAGGUAGAGGCGAAAGCGAAAGCUUAG